AUGAAUGUCGCAAAUGUUCUGAAGUUCUCCCUUGCUGCAGAGAGACCACAAGCAGUACUGAUCCAAGGAUAUGAAUGGGAAGUGUUCUACACUGAAGAAACAGCUGUACUAGAAUGUCAAGUGAAGGGGAGUGACCUGGAGUGGAGUUAUAGGUGGUAUAAAGAUGGACUGCUCCAGACUGAAGGCAGUGGAAAAGAUGGCAAAUUGAUGAUAGAUGCUAAAGAGUCAGACAGUGGGGAAUAUACCUGUCAAGGAGAAAGAACAUCUAAUCCAUUUCACUCCACAAUCAGCAGUCCCUUCAUGCUGAACGUAUCUGGGGUUCUGGCCAAAGCAGUGCUGACUGUGGAACCUGGGAGAGAGGUAUUCGAAGGAGACAGUGUCACCCUGCGCUGUGAGUUUCAGGGCAGCUCUACAGGCUGGACAUAUCACUGGUACAAAAACCAACAAGGAAAUGAACUGCUGCAGACUGGCAGCAGCGGGACGGGAGUCAUUUACACAAUAAGUGCUGCUGCUCUGAGCGACACUGGAACGUACUGGUGUCGACCUGCAAGGGGCAAGCCGAAGUUUUUCCCAGGUUAUAGCCAAGCCAUUGUGUUACAAGUAUCUGAGCUUUUUAGCAAGCCUGUUGUGUCAGCACUUCCUGAGUCUCCAGUCUGGGAAGGGGGCUCCCUCACUCUGCACUGUGCGGUCCAGGUGAAUGAGAAAUCUGCAGACACUAAACUGCAAUACCAUUUCAUCAAAGAGGAGGGGGGCUGGAAGAUCUCUGGUUCAAAAGAGAAGUAUAUACUCCCAGGUGCAAAGCUCAGUGACUCUGGAAAUUACCGGUGUGAGGUGCAGGCAGCAAGGAAUGGACUGAAGAAACGUAGUGAACCUGUGGGGGUUGCUGUAGGAGACCGUCCACAGGCUGUGCUGACCCUGCACCCUCAGUGGCCUCACCUGUACUUUGGGGAGACGCUGACCCUGCGCUGUGGGGUUGCGGGAGAGUCUCCUGGGCUGGAGUAUCAGUGGUUCAAAGGCAGUCAGCUGACCCCAGUGCCCCAGACAGCUGAGCACAUUGUGAAGGGCAGUAGAUACACAAUGACAGCGGUGCUUCUGUCGAACCAGGGAGAGUACAGGUGUCUGGCUCUGAGGGGACAGCCGCCAUAUCCCUCUCACCUCAGCGAUUCCGUUCUGGUCAAUGUAUCUGCGGAGCAGCCCAAGGCAGUGCUGACUCGGACUCCUGAUUGGUCAGUCCUGUUCCCCGGGGAGGAGGUGACCCUGCAGUGUCUGAUUGAGGGGCGCCCCAGUGCAGGGCUGUAUAUACAGUACAGAGCUGGAGACGAGGAGCUGGGGCAGAAGCUUCAGUGCAACAGUAUUGGGACCACAUGCACAGUUGAGGCUAAAGAGUCACACAGCGGUUUUUACUGGUGUGAAGACAAAGCGGGUCAUGAACGCAGUAAAUCUGUAGACUUAAAAGUAUCAAAUGCAAGUGUGAUUCUGCAGUCUCCCCCACGGCCUAUAACUGAAGGAGACACGCUGACUCUGCUGUGUCGUGCUCGAGAUACUAAGGGUAAACGCAUCGUCUUUGAGUAUUAUAAGAACAACGAGACUGUGGAGUCCCACUCCAGCACAGGAGUGAUCAUCCCAGCUGUGAUGAAGAAAGACGCAGGUCUAUACAAGUGCUUUGCUUACUCCAAGGGGCGUACGCUGGGGGGAUCUGAGGUGGAGGUGUCUGUCAGAGAUUUCUUCGCCAGGGUAACACUGACAGCCUCUGCAGGCCCCGUAGUGAUGGAAGGAGAGCCAGUUAACCUGACCUGUGAGGUGGAGAGAAACACGUACCUCAGCCCUCCAGUCAGCUACACGUUUCUCAGAGACGGUGCGCCCCUAGCUGCGAGAAACGGCUCUGCACAGUAUUUCAUAACAGCGAUGAAUAAAACACACACUGGGAGAUACAGCUGCAUCGCAGAGACGUGGCCGGGAAUCAGUAAGCAGAGUGCUGCUGUGAAAAUCGAACUUGCAAACUCUUGGUCGAUCGCAAUUGAAGUCACGAGAUGGACUCUUCUCUUGAUCCUCCUCGCUGUGCUGACGCUGUUCAAUUGCAAAAAUCACAAGACUGCAGAAGAGACUCACAGGACAAACACAUUGUAGCCCCGUGCAGAUGAACUGGUUACACUUUUCAUUAAAUGUCUCUAAUUACU